ACUCACCCAUAAACAAAAGUUUUUUGUUUCUCUCUCUCUCUCUUCCUCUUCCCACUACAAAUUGUUAUAUACAAGUUUCACAAAUCUUGACUCUUCACGUUGUGGAUCUAUCUAGAGAGAGAGAGAGAUAGAGAGAGAUAACGAGUGAGGAAGAAAGUGGUUAAACUGUAGCAGAGUCUCAAGUUUGGAUCCUGUAGUUCCCAUUGUGAAGCAUGCUUCACCGGUUUUUCCGAAGGAAGUUACACAUUCAUUGCUUGUAGAUAGAGAUCGAGAGAGAAAAAAAGGCUUUGGAACUUUUAGAGAGAGAAAUAUUUCUUCUCAGAAGGGUUUGUGAGAAUUCACAGCAAAAACAAGAAAUAUCUAUACGUCUUUCUUUGCUUCCAGAGAUCGGCCUGAUCAAAAUUAAUUCUACGGUAGAAAUUGAGAGAUCGAAGGAGGAUCAAAGAUGGGAGGAGGGAGCAAUAAUAGUCACAAUAUUGACAACGGGAAGUACGUGAGGUACACUCCUGAACAAGUGGAAGCUCUAGAGAGACUCUACAAUGACUGUCCUAAACCGAGCUCUAUGCGCCGCCAACAGCUAAUCCGCGAAUGUCCUAUCCUCUCCAACAUAGAGCCUAAACAGAUUAAAGUCUGGUUCCAGAACCGCAGAUGUAGAGAGAAACAGCGGAAAGAGGCGUCGCGGCUUCAAGCUGUGAAUCGGAAGCUAACCGCUAUGAACAAGCUUUUGAUGGAAGAGAAUGACCGCUUGCAAAAGCAAGUGUCUCACUUGGUUUAUGAGAACAGCUAUUUUCGCCAACAUCCUCAAAACGGGAACCUGGCGACAACGGAUACGAGCUGUGAGUCAGUGGUGACAAGUGGUCAGCACCACUUGACCCCUCAACAUCAGCCUCGUGAUGCAAGUCCUGCUGGACUAUUGUCCAUUGCGGAUGAAACUUUAACAGAGUUCAUUUCAAAGGCCACUGGAACCGCCGUCGAGUGGGUCCAAAUGCCUGGGAUGAAGCCUGGUCCGGAUUCCAUUGGAAUCGUUGCUAUUUCUCACGGAUGCACGGGAAUCGCAGCCCGUGCUUGCGGUCUCGUGGGUCUUGAUCCCACAAGAGUCGCUGAGAUCCUGAAGGAUCGGCCUUGUUGGUUGCGUGAUUGCAGAUCUCUCGAUAUCGUUAACGUCCUCUCCACUGCAAAUGGUGGAACCCUCGAACUAAUCUACAUGCAGCUUUAUGCGCCGACAACAUUGGCACCAGCUCGUGACUUCUGGAUGCUACGUUACACAUCUGUAAUGGAAGACGGAAGCCUUGUGAUAUGUGAACGGUCGUUGAACAACACACAAAACGGGCCAAGUAUGCCUCCAUCUCCUCAUUUCGUUAGAGCAGAGAUUUUACCAAGUGGCUACCUCAUUAGACCAUGUGAAGGAGGUGGAUCCAUUCUUCACAUUGUCGAUCAUUUCGAUCUUGAGCCAUGGAGUGUGCCCGAAGUUCUUCGUUCUCUUUAUGAGUCUUCAACGUUACUCGCCCAAAGAACCACCAUGGCCGCUCUACGCUAUUUGAGACAAAUAUCUCAAGAGAUUUCACAACCUAGCGUAACCGGUUGGGGACGAAGACCAGCGGCUCUUAGAGCACUCAGCCAAAGACUCAGCAAAGGAUUCAACGAGGCAGUGAAUGGGUUCAGCGAUGAAGGCUGGUCGAUGCUAGAGAGCGAUGGUAUCGAUGAUGUUACUCUUCUUGUGAACUCCUCUCCCACAAAGAUGAUGAUGAGUUCAAGUCUUCCGUUUGCUAAUGGAUUCACUUCUAUGCCUAGCGCGGUUCUAUGUGCCAAAGCUUCCAUGUUAUUACAAAAUGUUCCACCCUCGAUUCUUCUGCGGUUCUUGAGGGAACAUAGGCAAGAAUGGGCUGACAAUAGCAUUGAUGCGUAUUCGGCUGCAGCCAUCAAAGCAGGGCCUUGUAGUGUACCAAUUCCUCGCCCAGGGAGCUUCGGCGGUCAAGUCAUUCUCCCUCUAGCUCACACUAUAGAGAAUGAAGAGUUUAUGGAAGUGAUUAAGCUUGAGAGCUUGGGACAUUACCAAGAAGACAUGAUGAUGCCUGCUGAUAUAUUCCUCCUACAAAUGUGCAGUGGAGUGGAUGAAAACGCAGUUGAAUCAUGCGCAGAGCUUAUCUUUGCACCAAUCGACGCAUCUUUCUCUGAUGAUGCCCCGAUCAUUCCUUCCGGCUUCCGCAUCAUUCCUCUAGAGUCCAAAUCAGAGGGAUUGAGUCCUAACCGAACGCUAGACCUAGCGUCGGCUCUAGAUGUCGGGAGCAGAACAGCCGGAGAUUCAUGUGGAAGCAGAGGAAACUCAAAGUCGGUGAUGACAAUAGCGUUUCAGCUAGCUUUUGAGAUGCAUAUGCAAGAGAACGUAGCCUCAAUGGCUAGACAGUACGUGAGAAGUGUGAUCGCUUCGGUACAACGGGUCGCGCUUGCUCUCUCUCCUUCUUCUCAUCAGCUAAGUGGCGGUCUGCGUCCUCCACCCAUUUCACCCGAAGCUCACACGCUCGCUCGUUGGAUUUCUCACUCGUAUAGAUGUUACCUUGGCGUUGAACUACUUAAACCUAAUGGAACCGAUCUUCUCAAGUCUCUUUGGCACCAUCCUGACGCCGUCAUGUGUUGUUCACUCAAGGCCUUACCGCCCGUAUUCACAUUUUCCAACCAGGCUGGUUUAGACAUGCUGGAGACGACGUUGGUGGCACUUCAAGACAUCACUCUCGAUAAGAUCUUCGACAACAACAACGGGAAGAAGACGUUAUGCUCCGACUUCCCUCAGAUCAUGCAACAGGGGUUCAUGUGUAUUGAUGGAGGAGUAUGCAUGUCGAGCAUGGGAAGAGCAGUAACGUACGAAAAAGCUGUUGCAUGGAAAGUGUUAAACGACGACGAAGAUCCUCACUGUAUCUGCUUCAUGUUCCUCAACUGGUCUUUUAUCUGAUUUUUUUUUCCUUCAAGUUUUUCAUUAAUUAUCAAAAGACAGAGAUCUUUUUCUUCAGAGAUAUAUAUUUAUAUAUAUAUACUCUUAACUCUUAGUUAAUUUGUAUUUAGUUAUAUAUAUAGUCCGGAAAAUGACUAUCAUUUCUAAUUUCGAAAGGUUUUAUUUUAUUUCUUAUCUUUCCAACACUCCUGUUUGUGUUAGCUCAUUCGGUUAUCAAAUGUUACGUCUCAUUUUUGGUAUCG